GGAUGAACUCAACCCCCGUUCCCAAGGCCACGGCGCCAGCGGUGCCACGGCCACGGAUUAAAUGGGAUGAAGAAACCAUUGCGAUGCAUGACCUGGACCGAGGCACUCGCAUGAAGAUCGAAGAGCCCAAUACUCCAUACCAUUACUACACCACCGGCGAUGACGACAUGGAAGGUGGCACUGGCGUGGAAAUCACCGACGUGGCGUUGAAGGAGCACAACGCUGCCCAUCCGGCCGACAUUGCAUCCAUUGAGCUGUCGACGCAUCAUGGCAAGGGUCCCGUGUCUCCUACGCAUAGUGCGUCCCACGGCACUGAGUUGAAAUGGGAUGAGUUGAAUGCUCGAUUGCAACAGCACCAGGACACCCACAAACCGAGCGAGUGGGACAGCGAUUCUGACACGUCCACGACGUCUUCUAGCCGCAAGCACCCGGCGCCGCCCGGUGGCGCAGACAAGGCGUUCUCCCAGAAGCGAAAGCAGCAUUACAACGAAUUUGAGCGCAUGAAGCAAUGGCGGCUGCAGCAUGCCAAGGACGACGAAAACGACAAUGACGGCGAGGCAUAACCUUUUGAAUCUUGAAAAACGAAAAACAAAAACACACACAAUCGGAUGUAUUAAAAAUGACUGCCAAA